AUGUCUGAGAAGGAUUGGGCCGAUGUCCUGCGGAACAAUUCCCUUUUGUACGCCCAUACUAUGGCGGCGACGUACGUUGGUCCGAGGUCACCGUCUACAGACCGCUCCAAGCCAGGGGAGCCGGAUCCCGCUCUUAAGGCUGGUGAUGUGCUCAACUACGUUACAACUAUCCGUCCGGCCCCGGUGCAAGGUAGGGCUAUCCACUAA